CAAACCAAAACUCUCACUCAGCCUCCUUUUCCUCUUCUUCCUCCGCCUGCUCGCUCUUCUACGAAAGACACGCUGCUCAUUUCUAUCCCCAUAGAAGAGGACGAGACCGGCAAAGCAAAUGGACUCUACCGCCAUUUCAAGACCUCUCCACCAGAGUUUCCUUCUUUCUCCUUCACGAAACGCUUCUUCUCUCCUUCCUCUUCCUUCAUCUUCUCACCUCUCACUUCAUUUCUCUCCUUCUCCUUCUUCCCUUUCUCUUAAGUUGCAAAAAGAAAAUCUUUCUUCUAAUGCCCUGCAAGCUGUUUACACUUUUAGGCGUGAAGCUACAGUUUCUGAUACUUACGGCAGUGCAACAACUGAAUUAGCCGACAUAGACUGGGACAACCUUGGGUUUGCAUAUGUACCAACUGAUUAUAUGUAUAUCAUGAAAUGUGCUAGAGGUGGAAGCUUUUCCAAAGGUGAAUUACAACGAUUUGGGAAUAUUGAGUUGAGUCCCUCAGCAGGAGUCUUAAACUAUGGGCAGGGAUUAUUUGAAGGCUUGAAAGCCUACAGGAAAGAAGAUGGUAAUAUCAUUCUGUUUCGUCCUGAGGAAAAUGCACUGCGGAUGAAAAUAGGUGCUGAGAGGAUGUGCAUGCCAUCACCUACAGUUGAACAGUUUGUGGAUGCAGUGAAAGCAACUGUCUUAGCAAACAAACGUUGGAUUCCCCCUCCGGGAAAAGGUUCCUUGUAUAUCAGGCCAUUGUUGAUGGGAAGUGGAGCUGUUCUUGGUCUUGCACCUGCUCCUGAGUAUACCUUUUUAACUUAUGUUUCCCCUGUGGGAAACUAUUUUAAGGAAGGUGUGGCCCCCAUUCAUUUGGUUGUUGAGCAUGAAUUGCAUCGAGCAUCUCCUGGUGGUACUGGAGGUGUUAAGACUAUAGGGAAUUAUGCUGCAGUUCUCAAGGCACAAUCUGCUGCAAAAGCCAAAGGAUAUUCUGAUGUUCUAUAUCUAGAUUGUGUUCACAAAAAAUAUCUGGAGGAGGUUUCAUCUUGCAAUAUUUUUGUUGUGAAGGAUAAUGUUAUCUCCACUCCUGCAAUAAAAGGGACAAUCCUACCUGGCAUUACAAGGAAGAGUAUAAUCGAUGUUGCUCGAAGCCAAGGAUUCCAGGUUGAAGAACGACUUGUGGCAGUGGAUGAAUUGCUGGAAGCAGAUGAAGUUUUUUGUACUGGGACAGCUGUGGUUGUUUCACCUGUUGGCAGCAUCACUUACAAGGGUAAAAGGGUGUCUUAUGCAGAAGGUGGUGGCUUCGGUGCUGUCUCACAACAGCUGUACACUGUGCUUACUAGACUACAGAUGGGCCUUACUGAGGACAAGAUGAACUGGACUGUUGAGCUGUAAUUCAGCCAAGUGAAUGAAGUAAUCAGUUCUACUUUCAUUUUUUUUCCUUUUUAAUUGCAUUUUAAUCUUGUGUAGAGGUUGCACGAACUCCAUUCAUCGUGUGGCAGUUGAAAGCUGUGCACUUUGGUUUGCUAUCUUUUUCAGUGAUAUGUAGAUAGUGUUCUCAGACUUGUAUUUAGUUUUAUUUAGCAUGUUCUUAACUGUAUGUUAAAUGGCUAUGCAAAAAAAUAAAAAAUAAAAAAUUAAUUUUAGCAUUUCA